CGCAAAAGUAGAGGACCCAACGUCCAUUUUGAGGAUGUUUUCUGAAGAAUCUAUCAUGUCGGCCGCAAAGGAAGAUGACAGACAAACAACACCAGUAUAUGUUGGUCGGGGAAUCAUUUGGCAAAAUGCUGUCGAUGAGAUUCUGACUGCGGAAAACCUCCGAAAAGUCAUAGAAAUUAUUUUCUAUGGAGAGUUAUGCGAGGACCUGGCUGGUCCCCGUCUUGAAUUCUUUCGUCUUUUCAUGGAGGAGGUCCGGGAACGGCUACUGGACACUGACCAGCACCUGAAAUACAACACAGGGCUGGUAGUGUCAAAGGCAUACUACGCGUCGGGCUUUCUGAUAGCUGAUAAAGAUGAAACCAACCGUGGCAUAUCUGUUUCGCUGUUGUCGGUCAAUCGGCUACUGAAUCUCUUCAAACCCGAAUUUGAUGAGAGCGGGACUAAUAAAAGAAUGAAAGAGGACGCAUCCUGCAGCAUGUUUGUACGAUACGUCCGACGUGUGGCAGUCUUCAAUAUCCAUGAAUGGAGCGUGUACGGCGAGUCCAUCCGGACCAACAACGAUGUAGAGGGAUGGCACAACCGUCUCAACUCCCGGUGCAGCACCCGCGGUCCAGUGCCUUUCUACCUACUGAUCCAGGAACUGUUCAAGGAGGCCAACGCCAUCCCCCUGCAGGUCAGAAUGAUAUCCGAGGGAAACGUACAACAGAGGUGCAGGGGAAGUUGUUCAGACUUUGGAGAGCCUUUAGUAGAAGGUGUGAUGAACAGUAGAGAAAUAAUAUUAGGUAAAUUCUCUGACACAGUAUCCAAUGAGAAAAAAAAGAGAGAAUGGGUUAUUAUAACCAAAGCAGUGAAUGCAGUAAGCAGCAAUGUAAGAACAACAGACGAUGUCAGGAAGAAGUGGCAAGAUUGGGCAAGUGUUGUUAAAGGGAAAGAAGCUAAACUGAAGAGAGAAAGAGCCAAAACAGGUGGUGGAACAAUUGACGGAAAUGAACUGAGUGAACUUGAGCAGAAAGUGAUCGAGGUGUUAGGAGUAACAGCAGUCCACGGCAUCAGUGGCGACAUCACUGACACAUUCGAUGUACAGAGGUUGUUUGGACAUCAACAAAUUGAUUGUAACCAUACAGAUUCAAGAGCACCGACAAACACUGACGAAGAAAUUAACCCAACAGAGGAUGACAAUACCGCGCAUGAACAAAUUUGGGACAGGGCAAUAAGGAAUAUGAUCGACCAAAAUACACGUAUGCAUGACAUUACAAAUAAUCCUAGUACAUGUACUAAUAUGACCCCCGUAAGUGUUGAGAACACUGCACCGAUAAUUACCGAAGUUUCUACUGACACAUCCUCUUUGCAAAUGUCCUCAUCAUCUCCGACACCCCCGGUUGAAGGUUUUACAUAUGCGAAAAAGAGGAAAACUGCACUUACAUGUACCUCUACGUCAGCAACUUACACUAAUAACGACUUGUAUAUGUUAGAGAAGAGAAGACUUGAUGUGGAAAAAGAAAGACUAGAUGUUGAAAAAAACAGAUUAGAAGUAGAGAAAUCUCGCCUAAAAUGCGAAGAAAGUGUUCUCGUUAUUGCCAGAGAGUUGAAGGAGUACUACAUACCGUGUAGAACAAGUACUCUAAGGUCUGCAGGACAAGAUAUUGCUAAUUCGGUCUAUUCUUCAACUCUUCUGGACACAGAAAUAGGAAACGACGAGAAAGAACAUAUGUCAUUUAUUACACUUUAA